CCAACCGGCUUCCGUCCGCCGGGCACCAUCUUAGCGGCGGAGCUGGUUCUGGAAAAGCGGAGCGGCGCCGACAACAACAACAACAUCAUCAUCGAUAUGGAAACCACGGCUAGUCCAGCAAAAGAAAACUAUAGAAUGAAUCGUUACAAGAACAAAGCAUUAAAUCCUGAGGAGAUGCGUAGGAGAAGGGAGGAAGAAGGAAUUCAACUAAGGAAACAAAAGCGAGAACAACAGCUGUUUAAAAGGAGAAAUGUGGAGCUCAUCAAUGAAGAAUCAGCCAUAUUUGAAAGUCCUCUCAUGGAUUCAUACAUCAGCUCAACUGCAGCAGGGGAGGGUGUGAUCUCAAGGGAAAUGGUACAGAUGCUUUUCUCUGAUGAUACUGAGCAGCAGCUAGCUACCACUCAAAAAUUUCGAAAAUUGCUUUCCAAAGAGCCAAAUCCUCCUAUUGAUGAAGUAAUCAACACAUCUGGUGUUGUAGAAAGAUUUGUGGAAUUCUUGAAAAGUAAUGAAAAUUGCACACUGCAGUUUGAAGCAGCGUGGGCUUUGACAAAUAUAGCUUCAGGUACAUCUCUCCAGACCAAAGUAGUAAUAGAAGCUGGUGCUGUACCAAUUUUUAUUGAGCUGUUAAACUCUGAGUUUGAGGAUGUACAAGAACAGGCUGUAUGGGCCUUGGGAAAUAUUGCAGGUGAUAGUGCAGUUUGCAGGGACUUUGUCCUCCACUGUGCAAUUCUUCCACCUUUGUUACAGUUAUUGACAAAAUCUAACAGACUCUCAAUGACAAGAAAUGCUGUAUGGGCACUGUCCAACUUGUGUAGAGGCAAAAAUCCAUCUCCUGAUUUUGAGAAGGUAUCCCCCUGUUUACCUGUGUUGUCCAGGCUACUGUUCAGCAGUGAUCCUGACUUGCUUGCUGAUGCUUGUUGGGCAUUAUCUUACCUGUCAGAUGGACCCAAUGAAAAAAUUCAGGCUGUUAUCGACUCUGGGGUUUGCCGACGAUUGGUGGAACUCUUAAUGCAUAAUGACUACAAAGUUGCUUCACCUGCAUUGAGAGCUGUAGGUAACAUAGUAACAGGUGAUGAUAUUCAGACACAGGUCAUAUUAAAUUGUUCGGCCUUGCCAUGUCUUCUACAUUUAUUAAGUAGUCCAAAAGAAUCCAUAAGGAAGGAGGCCUGUUGGACCAUUUCAAACAUUACAGCUGGAAAUAGAGCACAGAUUCAGGCUGUAAUAGAUGCAAACAUCUUUCCAGUGCUGAUUGACCUUCUUCAGAAAGCAGAAUUUCGGACGAGGAAAGAGGCAGCAUGGGGCAUCACAAAUGCAACUUCUGGAGGAACGCCAGAGCAGAUUAAGUAUCUUGUAAACUUGGGUUGUAUUAAGCCAUUGUGUGAUCUACUGACCGUAAUGGACUCAAAAAUAGUUCAAGUUGCCCUAAAUGGGCUGGAAAAUAUUUUAAGGCUUGGAGAGCAGGAUGCCAAACAGAAUGGAACUGGGAUUAAUCCAUACUGUAGCCUUAUUGAAGAAGCUUAUGGUCUCGAUAAAAUUGAAUUUUUGCAAAGCCAUGAGAAUCAGGAAAUCUAUCAGAAGGCCUUUGAUCUCAUUGAGCAUUACUUUGGCGUGGAGGAAGAGGACAGUAGUAUUGCUCCACAAGCGGAUGAAACUGCACAGCAAUUCCUCUUUCAGCAGCAGGAGGCCCCAAUGGAGGGCUUCCAAUUGUAAAGUGUGCAAGAAAUAACAAACAAACACCAUACCCCAUCCUCACUGACCCAUCCAACCAUGCACGUUUAGUUGAAAAGAGUGACAGGAAACUUCUUUUCAAACAUUUUUUCCUGAAGGAAAAAUUCAUAUAGUACAAAAAGUUGUGUUCUUUUAAUUUUGAGUGGUAGAGUUGUGGGGUAACUGUUGCACUUUCCCUUUAUGUUUGCUUAAUGUUGCAUUGGAACACAAUAUUUUUUUUCAGUUUGUGCACCAUGGUGCAUCUGUAAAAGGCAAUUCUCCCAGAAAUAAAGCUAGAGAAACUUAAUUCUGAUAGAUUGAAAUAUUCAAGAAAUGCUUGCAAUUUAUUUUUCCACAGCAGUGACAAAUUUUAAGGUGGAAAGUUUGAGUUAGCAGUCAAUCGAUGUAACUAAAAUCCUUAAAAAGAUUGCUUAUGUAGAUAACUGAGGCAGCGCUCUAGGCAUAUUGCCAUUUAUGAAUGACUGCUAUACCUUAUUCAGGUAAACCUACCAUUUGAACAAUUAAAUGGUAAAAUGUACAGGUGUUGGAAAGAAUUGUCUUUUGGAUGGAUUUUUAUGUGGAUUUUUUGAUGGUUCUGGGGUGAGUGGGGGUGCGAGUGCUUCAAAUAUUUCACUGAACAUAUAGAAAAAUGUAUCUGUUUUCAAAGAUUUAGUCCUAGAAGUUCCAGCAGGUCUUAUAAUGAGCAAGUGCAGACUUGUACUAAUUCUGAAUUCAAUGAACUUGCAGCUCUAAUGAAAUAAUCAGUUGCUUGGUUGAAGUUAACAUUAAUCAAGGGUGGAGCCAAUAUUCAAAUUAAAAUUUCAGAGCAGUGUAUUUUGGAAGCAAGGGAGCGUUCAGAAUUGGCACAUUCCUUAUUUUGAGUAGAUUAAAUGUAGAUUUGCUACUGGUAGAAUUGCUAAGUGUUGAAAAACUUAGUCAGGUUUGUUUGAUUAUGGCUUAAUUUAGACGUUCAGAUUUGAUUUCUGUAUUAUUUUCCUCUUUAGAAAGAGAAAAGAGGUUAGAAUUUUUGGUAAUAGCUGGGAAAAGUAGGAGACAGCUUGAUGUAAGCUGAUUUGGGGAAAAAUUGUAAGCUGUGUGCUGUGUUAAUGAAAAUUCUAGUGUCUGGCCUUCCCAGGUAUUGCAUCACAGCAGCUGCUGAUCAUGUAUUUAAAAAAAUACAGAUUUGACCUGUCUAAAAAAUUUGAGAGUGUUUAAUGUGUAAAUUGGAAGCUGUAGAAUGCAAAUCUGUAAAUGUCAGUCAUUACUUAUUUCAUGUGUUACUUUAAAAUAAUGAAAAAUGUAUUUGACCCUUGCCAAGCAGCUGGAGCAAAAUCAUUGCAACUAUAGUUGCUGACCUGCCAAGUUUUAUAGCACAAUGGAUAGCUAUUUUCUAUCUGUAAACUUGCUUAAGUUUCCUCAGCAGCUGCCUCUUGGACAUCCAAACUCCAUGUUUCUCUUCAAAAACCAAUUGUAGUAAUUGUAAAUAAUCCCAAUUUGUACCUUGUUUAUCUGGGAGAUCAGGUUCAAUUUGGGUGAAGAAUUUCCCUAAUGUUUACAUUUACCACCUCCCUGAAACAACAGGAAAUUACCUCUGCAUGCAGUGCUUUGUUGGGCAGUUAGGCGAUGAGCAAUGGUUAAACCAAACUGUCCACCAGCUAGAUUUAGAUUCCAUUUAUUUUGAAUUGGUUUUUAAGUGGUAAUAAGAUGGAAGUAUUCGCUCUAAAGUAAGAAUAAAGACAUCUACCUAAACUGCAUUUAGUUGCAAAAUGACUUGGUAAAUAGAAUCUGAAAUCACAUUGCAAAUUAAAGAUGUCCUCCAUCUUACUUUGCUAUUGCUUCAUCCUUUAGGGUGUAAAAAUUACAGGGAAAAAGGAAACUUAAACUUACUGUAGGGAUAAAAAUAAAACUGAACAAACUUGAAGCAAGUGUACAGAUUCAAGCCAACUUUAUUAGAAAAAGGAAACAAAUUUUGCUAUGAGCACUUUUAAAAUUUUACUGAUAACCUCGUGUUUUGGCAAGGGAAUAGUUUGACUACAUUCUAAUGGAUUUGACAUUAUUUGCACACAUUUUUACAUACAUACCAUCAUAACUGUUCUACACACUUUUACAUCUACAAUUUUAGAGGAAAUGGCUUCCACAAUGAAUUCUGGCAUACAAUUCUUUUGAAGAGUGGGGUUAUAUUUUGAACAAGGAGACUGCAUUCAUUAGACAAACUGUGAAUCUUAAUUAUUUAAUGUUGAAAAAGAAGACCUUUUUCUCUACCUCUGCCACUGAGAUUAGCUUUGCUGAGGGUCGGGAGGAGGCGGCUGUCUACAGACGGAUCACACGACAAACAUUAGAGAUCUGUGAAGUAGAACCACUAUGAACUGAGCUAGGCUAUUCUCAGUAAUCGUUUUUUCUCCUCACUCUGAACUUGGAGAUCCGUGUGGCCCAACUUUGCUCCACUCUAGUUGAAACCAUUUUGGCAUUCACGUUAUAAAAGUAAAUGUGCUGAAAUACUCUUGCCAAUUCAUGUAAAUGAGAGGUAAUAUUUUAACAUAAUUUACUGUACAAGGAGGAGAUAGCUGUACAAGCAAGGAGCUCCUAGCUUCAAGGACAUGAAUGGAAUCUUAUGAGAGAGCAGUUGGGUAUCGAUAAGUCAAGUUGGAUGAUGAUGUUUAUAAGUUCCAAAAAGUGAUGGCUUUCAGUUUUAAAUUGAACAUACAAUAUAGCCACAACUUUUAAUCUGGCCAGCUCCAGUUCAGCUUGGUUUUACUUUUGCAUGUCCCUAACAGACCAGUACGACACUGACUGACUGAAGAUGUGAUGGAGAGUUUAAAUUGUACACUUUUCCGUUGCUUCAACGAAGACUUAGUUUCUAUCUUUCUAGUGUAUGCUUAUUCUAAAUAGUAGGAAUGGGCUCAGAACCAGACUUUCAAAAGUCUUACUCUCCCUCAUACUGUAAGAUUUUUGUAGCAUAAUUAGUAUGACAACAAAGGAGAUUUUUGGUGCCCAACGUUAUAUGGUUUGCAUAUUGUUUUUUUAAUUAGCAGUCCUCAUUUUGCAUCUUUAAACAUAUUUGCUAAAUAGGUAUAUGUUUACUUAGUUUUCUGGUUCCUGCAUGCUUUGCAUAUUUUUUUAAAUUGGAGGUCUCUUUGCAUCCAGGCCAGCUGAGUGGUUUUCUCUUGGUUAGAAUUAUUAAAACUGCAUUUUGCAUCUUCAGCUAGAAUGAAAUGUUUUGUUGAUUUACUCUCUGGUGGAAAUUGUGGCAGAGCAAAGAAACUUGGGAAAAGAAGAAAAAAGUCAAUUCCUUGUGUUCUAUUGCAGCACUUCUACAUGAAUCUGUAAAUGUUAAGGAACCUAAAUUAACGAACUCAUCCUGAUCUACGUCAUCAUUGGAAUUUCACAAAACAUUUGUGAGGUUCUGUGAAGUGAUAAGCUAUAAUCUUAGCAGCAGAAAUGCCUUUCACUACUGCUAAUAUUUAAAAGAUUUUGGUCCACAUAAACUGAGAAAAUAUUGUAUAACGUUCCUUUCAUUAUAGUAGGAUACUGCUGAAAACAAGACUGAAUUUUAGGGAAAUUAAUGGAAUAGUUUUUGAAAAGGCUAGAUGGAUCUUUUGUGGGGUGGGGAGAAUUGUUUUCCCAAUAAGUCUCAAUUUUCUUUUGUAAGAAUAGCUAGACCAGUAGUUACUAUUUCUAAUCUUUUAAGUGGCAUAAACUUAAAUAUAAGAUCAGACGAGCUUGAAGAUAAUUUGGUAUUAAUUUCCUUACCCAAAAUGUUAUCGUAACUACUUAAAAUUUGUCUUAGGAAGAAAGUUUGUAAUGGAUAUUGAAGAUUCAUCUGAACAGUUUUCCCAAGCUUCAUUAUCGAAGAAUAGGUUGUCCUAACAUUUAAAACAUUGUGCUAUGUUUGGAUCUUUAAUAAAAUCUGUUGAAGGGAAUAAAUGGCUUUUACCUAUGCAAUGCACUUUAGGCUUCAAUUUCAGUAGUAAGCUAUUGAACCAGAAUUGGGAGAAAAUUAGUUUUUGUAAUGCUGAACUUACCUUUUUCUGACAAAUUAUUUACUAACAUAUCUGAUGUCAAUGCUGUAUAUAUUUGCACUAGUGAAAUUGAAGAGGGCCUAGAGUAUAUUUCAUAUGUAUUUUGAAAUAUCCUAUAGCCUUUUGCUUCCAAUAAGCAGCAUGACGAGAAAACCUUUCAGGGAGUUUGGUUCUGUGCCCUUCACUAACCAACGUUUGUGGCAGCUGUUAACCAUUAGAUAUUUUAGAGUGGACAUUACAGCAAAUAAUUUUCCUCCAGGAUAUGGUACAUACUUUCCGCACACACACAAACCAAUAAAUUGGUACUAAUAUAAUUUCAUGCUUUUGCUAUGUUGCCAUUAAAAUUUCGAGCACUUCCAUUUGCCAACUAUGCAAACUUUUAAGCUUGAGGCCUUCUGAUCAAGGUCCCCAUCCUUAAAUAUUUCUAAAUGUCUAUAAAGCAUCUUUUUUGUCCAGGGAAUUUUUGUACAGUUUUCUACUGAUAUUUUGAUGUAUAAUACUGAAAAAUAUGUGCAAUUUGGCCGGGAGAGAGUUUCAAUUUGUAUUAAUUGGAGCUGUUAUAAUUUAAAAUACUGUUGCUGGAUUAACCCUGCUGUAUAGCAAAUACAUGCCAGCAACAUUCCAUUUACAAGCAAAAAGUACUAAAGCUGCUACACCUUUUGAGACCUAACUUCUGUAUUUUAAACUUGUAAUUUGGAUAAAGUUUUUGCUUACUUUACUCCACUUGUAGCCUUCCUUUGCAAAGUCACAGCAUCAGACUUUUUACAAAACAAGAAAGCAAAAUUACAAUGCACUCCUGUUCUUUAUUCACACAAGUGCCAGCCCAACCAUGAGUCCAUGAAGAUUUGUGUUUAUCUUCUCAGUCUUUAACAAUUUUAUUUUACUUGAAUGUGCACAUUUUUUGUGGCUACGUGCAAAGAUGCUGCUUUUUUUUUCCUCCUUAACUGCCACAACCACAUCAUUUAAGUGAUGUUAACAGUGGCAAUCAUUAGUAUUAUAUGCACUAAUCUAAUUCGUUGAUUAGGUGGUGGGGUGGGAGGGUGAUGCAGGUGAGGGGUUGGGGUGUGGGUGGUGGGGUUGGAAUAUAGAAUUGACCACUGACUAGAAAAUCCGACUGUGUACGCCCAUGGCCACAGUUUUUCAUUUGUUCUUUUGCAAACAAAUGUAGGAGGAUUAAAAUUUUACAAGAUUUUUUUUCUUGAACAUAUAGUUAAAAGAAAAUGCAUAACCAAAAAUGCAUUUUAUUUAUUUUCAUACGUGCUAUAUUAUACGACAGAUUUUUUUUACUUGCUCUUCUACAGAUGUUUGCAGAUUUAAAGUCUGUGUCCAAAUUGCUGUUCCUCAAAACAUCAAUAAAAUCAUUUUUUUCCUCUUUCUUUAAUUUUGGGGGGUCCUGUCACCACCCAUAAUGCUUUUGACAGCCGACGGACUUGACAGAUAACUGUAUGAAUGUGUAAGAUGACGGAUGCAGACAGCACAAACAGAACAUGACACACAAACAUAACAAAAGCAAUUACAAACUCUGUUCCUUUGUUUAAAACACUGUAAAUGUACAAGUAUGAAAUAAAUCUUGUUGCAAAUCUA